GUUUGUGCCUGAGCUCAGCCUGCCUCGACUCUUGGGACCUGCGAGGCUCCAGCAGCCUGGCAGUGCCUCGUCGGGGUCCCCAUCUCUUGGAAGGGCAGGCAGUGCACCUACAAAGCUCCAGAGCUCUGCUUGGUGUCCUCUGGAUGUUUUCUCCUGAGAAAGCGCUGGCUGCUGCCGUGUCUUGUUCAUCGAGCUCCUGCCAUGAAGGGUCUACACUGCCCCCGAGGUGGGCAUUUGCUGUUGGUCUGGCACGGAUGAGCCUUCCCAGCACGCAGAGCUGAAGCCUUCCGCAGGGACCCCGAGGGAGACCCUUCGCCUGCGGGGACACCCUCCGGCAGCGCCGGCGCCUCAUCGCGCACCGGACACCCGUCCCGGGAGAGCAGACACAGCUUCAUGGGCUCCGGCAGCAGGCCCCCGGAGCGGAGCCGGAGAUGCUCAUCCACAUGGAUCAGGAGGAGGAAGUGCGGAUGUCCCGUCUCCGCUCCUGCGAAGGGAAGAGUGCUCUGAGCGGCACCUCAGGUGAAGAUGGGAUUGUGAUCACGAAUGAAGACAAUGCCCAUCAAGGCAUCCCCAGUCCAGUGGAGCCCAAGGGUUUAUGCUCAGGACUGUUGGAGGAGGAGAGUUCCCAGGGUCCUGCAGAGGACCCUGUUCUCCCACGCAGGUCAGAAAGGAUUCAGAGAUCUCUGGGGAAGGGACAAAGCCAAGUGGCACUGUGUGGAAAAAGCUUCAGGAUGCUGCCGAAUGUUAUCCAGCAGAUAAACCCUUCCAUGGAGGGACAGACAUUACACGGGGACUGUGGGAAGAGCUUCCAGGUGAGUUCCAACCUCAUCCAGCAUCGGAGAAUCCACACUGGAGAAAAGCCCUUCACCUGCACCGAAUGUGGGGAGAGUUUCCAGCAUCGAUCACAUCUCAUCCAGCACCAGAGGAUCCACACAGGGGAGAAACCCUAUGAGUGCUCCGAGUGUGGGAAGAGCUUCAAUGUGAGCUCGAAGCUGAUCCGGCACCAGGUAACCCACACUGGAGAGAAGCCCUACAAGUGUGCUGAGUGCGGGAAGAGCUUUACCGCGAACUCACAGCUUGUCCUGCACCAGCGGGUGCACACAGGGGAGAGACCCUACGAGUGCAGUACCUGCGGGAAGAGCUUCAGUGUGAGCUCAAAGCUGAUCCAGCACCAGGUAAUCCACACUGUGGAGAAUCCCUAUAAGUGUGCUGAGUGUGGGAAGAGCUUCUCAGGAAACUCUCUGCUCAUUCAACAUCAGCGUAUUCACACUGGGGAGAAACCCUAUGAGUGCAGGACCUGUGGGAAGUGCUUCAGUGUCAACGCAACCCUGACACGACAUCUCUGGGUCCACACCAGGGAGAAGCCUUACAAGUGUGCCGAGUGUGGGAAGAGCUUUGCAGAGAGCACCAAGCUCAUCCAGCACCAGCGGGUGCACACUGGAGAGAAACCAUACGUGUGCAGGACCUGCGGGAAGGGCUUUAGCUUGACCGUAGCCCUAAGAAGACACGAGCGGGUGCACACUGGGGAGAAACCCUACGUGUGCAAGACCUGUGGGCAGAGCUUCAGUGUGAGCGCAUCCCUGACACGACAUGAGCUGGUCCACACAGGAGAGAAACCCUAUGAGUGCUCCGAGUGCGGUAGGAGGUUCCGCUUGAGCUCAACCCUGAUACGGCACCAGUUAAUCCACACUGGGGAGAAGCCCUACAAGUGUACUGAAUGCGGCAAGAGCUUCUAUGACAACUUGCAGCUUGUCCAGCACCAGCGGGUGCACACUGGGGAGAGGCCAUACACGUGUUCUGAGUGUGGGAAGAGCUUUACCUUGAGAGGAGGCCUGCUUCAGCACCAGAGGAUCCACACCGGGGAGAGGCCCUACUCCUGUGCCUACUGUGGGAACAGAUUUCGGCAGAGGGGCCACCUCAUCCAGCACCUGCGCAUCCACACUGGAGAGCGUCGCUACAACUGUGCUGAGUGCGGGAAGGGCUUCACAGUGAGCUCGGCGCUCUUCCGGCACCAGCAGACCCACAGGGGUGGGGAGCCCUAGGUGGGGUUGUCUAAUCUCCAGCAGUAACCUGCAAUACCAGCUGCAAUGGAGAGCGCAGAGAGGGGAGAAGAGGAAAUGUUGCACUAUGAGGAAACAAGAUGAUAAUGUCAACAUCUUCUGACUUUUGUUGUUCUGGCAGUUCGGAGUCUGCAGAGUCUUACUGAACAAAUUGACUCCACACUUCAAAAUAAGAAGCCAGAUUUCUCAAAGUGUUUAUAUAUUUGGAACAUGUCAAUAUUUUUAUUUUCUAUACCAUAUAUCUUUGAGUUUAUUUGAUUUAUAUGACAUACAAUAAACAAUUUGUAAGGUACUAACGAUAAAUUAUAAGUAAUGUCUUAUGACAGGUUGGGGGUGCAUUCUAAGCAGCAACACUGUGUCUAGUGGAGAGCAGUAGAGUCUGUGCAUGUAUUAACUGAAAGCCCAGUCAGAGAACUGGAGGGAGAGGAGUUGACAUGGGCACCCUGCAGGAAGGAGAGGUGGGAGAGAUCAGUCAGGGAGAGAGCCCAGUUCAUGUAGGCUUUGCAGCCCCAAGGUAAGAGAGACCAGAGGAAAAGGGGUGUAUGCUGGGAGGAUGGUCUGUGGGAAGUGUCUGGUCUUGCCUCAAUGGGAGGUUCCUGGUGGAGGGUAAGGGGUUGGCCACUGAUGAAGCUCUCCUCUGUCAGGUCUAUAGCAGGUAUAGUGUGUGUGGGGACACCUCCUAGCAAAGCCUUUUGCCACAUGUGGUGAAUUGUUAGGAAUUUGGGAUAGUUUUCUUCCCUGGCUGUCGCAUCUCUUUCCCUCACCCAACUUCUUGCUGAAGAGCCGACUUUGUUAUGUGAACAGGACAAGGCCUGCUUUAAGUGGCAUUCUAGUAAAUGUUGUUAUCCUCAGUGUACCGUGUAUUUCUCCCUCAAGUACACACUGCAUCCCUGAAAAACCUUCAAGUCCUACUCACCAGCCUUAAUAUGGGAAAAUAAGUAAGAUCCCAGCUUUUUUACUCUCAUUUAAUGAGAUAUACUUUCAUUAGAUCUGCCUUUACAGUCAGAGCUUUUGUAAUCAAUUAUGACAUCCUCAGUUACUGCGGCCUUCAAGACCACAAGGACGUUUCUGACAUGCACUGCAAAUUCCCUGACGGAAAUCAUUCAAUCCCCUGCUUCAUUACUCCAUAAACAAAUGCAGCCUUCCCAAGCUAGCCUCAGUGUUGCCAUGUGCCAGUGAUGAUGUGCUGCCAGCCAGUUCUGUUUGUAUACAUUCAUGUGUUUUCUUGCCGUCCUAAUGCAGGCUCAUUUGUCUUGGAAAAUGCAUUGCUUUCAUUUUUAUUUCCAGUGGGUAGUAACAGCUGUCAGAAAUAUUUUGAUAGUUCUGUUUAACACUUCCAGGGCUGCAGAAGAAGCAAACCAAACCCAACUUUUCAACUAAAGUUAUUGAUUGCUUUUUAAGCUAAAGCAAGGAGCAGGUACUUUACUGGCAUUAUACAAAACUUGUCUUGCCAAUAUACAGCAAGUGAGCCCAGGGUGAGCUUUGGAACACACUGCUUAUAAAUUCACUGUGACAGUGAAAUGAUCAGGGGCACUAUGGGUCGUCCUUUGCAGCUACCACCACGUUGAUUUGUGUGCUGCCUGAAAACAUAGCCUCUGGAGGUUUAUUCUGAAAAGCUGUGCUGCAGAUGUUUACGUACUUUCUUGCAUCUUGCAUCUGAAAAGAGAGCUGUUUUCUUACA